CACCCUCGGCUUGUGUCUGACUUGGGACAGAAGUUUCACACACUCCGCCAUACUUCUGCCGCCGACAUGUCAAACAAUAACGCCAGCAGCAACCUGGUCGUCGCCAAGAAAGUCGUCAAACAGCUGAGGCUGGAGGCCAGUGUCCGGAGAAUAAAGGUGUCCCAGGCAGCGACAGACCUGAAGAACUUCUGCAUACAGAACGCUCACAAAGACCCUCUUCUCAUGGGAGUCCCAUCAAGUGACAACCCCUUCAGACCGCCUAAGUCUUGCACCCUGUUCUGAGUUGUGUACAAGUGCAUCCCCUGUACUUCUUUCUGCUGCUGGUCUGGGAGGGAUGAAGGGAUGAGAGAAACAGAGGAUGGCGUUAGAGAGCUGAAUACAGUGCCAUACAAUCACCACAGGUUUCAAACACGGGUCAAAUUAAGAGACCAUUCAUUAAUGGACCAUCAUCAUUUUGGAGUUGAGGCGCACUUGAUUUACUGUGCCUGGCAUGCAGCGUGGGCUGUGUUUACUUGUUUGGGUUCUUGGUCCUCGUCAAAUUCUGAAGAACACCAGGCUCACUUCAAACAUUUGGUUCAAAGAUAAAGAUCAUAGAUAUAAUCAGAACCGGAUCAUCCAUGUACAGGAUUGUGAUCACCGAAUAGUUGAAUGCUGCGUUCAAGCACAAGUGUGUGUACAGUAUGUAUGUUAUUUACAGACUGCAUGCAUAUACGUUGUCAGUGAUUUUACAAGCUCCAAGCCUUCCUCUACUAUGCCCCUACACACGCACACACACACACACUUACAUACUGUCAACUUCAUCCCUGAAUGAAAAACUAUCACUACUGUAAAUGUAACACAGAAGCAAAACAAGGACCUAGAAUCACUCACAUAAUAUACAAUAAUCUAUUCAAACUUGCCCUCAUCCAUUCUCAUCCACUUAAACAAACUUUCAUCCAUUUUCAUCCUCACAAACAGACCUUCAGUUACUCACAUGGCCGUAUGAUAACUCUCUCAUUUACAAAGAAAAGUCUUUGAGACCUUGUGCCUUCGUCUAAGAGCAGUUAAUGGGUGUUUGUGCCUAUAUACAUCACUUUUUACACGCACACACACACCAAGCACUCACACAGGUUUCUAAGCGAUGGUGUGUGUGUUUAAUAUCUUCCCAUAGGCUGCUCACAGCUACCGGGUCACAUGGUCACUUCCUUCCUGUCUAUGAAGAGGCAAUACCUCUUCAAUAUUUAAUCACUUUUUUUAUUUGUUGUUUUACUGUCACCCCCCCCAUUUUGUUUUGUUUUGUUUUCACUCUAAUGCUAUGUUGGCAUUCCAGCACGAAUCAAGGGAUUUCUUUAAAUAGAUUUGCUGUCCGUCCAAAGUAAGUGAAAAGGGAGCUGGGCCUGGGUUAGGCGUGGUUCCGCUCAGCAGUGUUGCCUGUGUGACGCCCGUGUGACACCCAGGACCUUUUGAUCACUACUAAAUUACUUUAUAUUAAAUUGUCAUAUUGUAUGUGGGUGUUCAACCAACACGAGGCGGAGGAAGAGAGGCCUUGUAAAAUUCCCAGCAAGCCCACAACUUCACUCUAGACCCCCCGAUUACAGCUAUACUACGAGGUCCACCAGCACCAGCCGUCAUGCUGGUGUGGCAAGGCAUCCUGGUUUCAUGUCAUUUAGGUUACAGGGUAACAGUAGGUGUGUUCGACUUCAUGCAGCACCGGCGGCGAAGAAAGCCGGCUCCAGGCGGCUGCCUUGAAGUUGAGAAUGCCAUUGGCUGCUUCAAGUCAGCCGGGCUGCAGGCGACGCCGGCGCUGCAUGAAGUCAAACGUACCUAUUGUUUUAACGUCCACGCCAGGAGCCCUCCCCACCCCCUCCUUAACAACGCCCCUGCUGGCUCCACCCCCUCCUUAACAACGCCACUGCUGGCUCCACCCCCUCCUUAACAACGCCCCUGCUGGCUCCACCCCCUCCUUAACAACGCCACUGCUGGCUCCCUAACGACCCUGUGGUGACAUCGUCGUCACCUGAGGUGUUCCGGUGCUCGUCCCUGAUAGGGGCGCUGUGUCAUCGCCAUGUUGUGUUCGGCUGUGUGCCUGCAUCUCCUGCGCCUUACCCUACACUACUGCGUGAAUGGAUGAAACAAUACAUUUCUUCUACGACUAAAAA